CAUGCGGUUUGAUAUGUGCGUCGCAUUUUACUACUCUAGCGCCGUUCGUCUCUUGACUUUCCGCUGAUGCUUGUGUGCGAUUGGUCGGAGCAAGCGUACUUUGAGAGACAUUUUCGAAAAAGAGCUGAUCAGCUGUUGAAGGGACAGCAGGAGGGCAGCGCCGAGCGAAUCAAGUCCGACGUAUACUACAGCCUCUCGCCGAUCUACCACAUGAGCAAGUUUUGCGGACUUCUACCGGUCAAGUUCAGCCAGGAUAAAUCGGGGAAGUAUCACGGGCGUCUUGAUUUGCCACAAGUCGUCUAUGGAUACGCAUUGCUCGCGGCAUGCUUGGGAGCCCAGUCUUGGGGUCUGUACCGCGACCUGCGAAACGGCUGGCAAAACAGCACACGUCUGUCCUCGGAGACAGCGAUCACCGUCACCUGCAGCGAUGUCCUCGCCGUCAUCAGCAUCAUCGUCGUUGUGGAAGUCGGAUCGCCCUCUCGGUGGAAGUACCUGCAGGACGCACUUAACAAGAUCGUCGAUAUCGACGAAAAGCUCGACGUCGUCACUUCCAAGCACCUGAGGAAGGCCUCGAUCGUAGUGAUCGCAGUCACGUUUUUCUAUCUCUUCACCAUAUCGACCCUGGACUUCGCAGCCUGGACGGUCUCUUCCUCGACUAAAAAUAUCCAGGGAGACACCGAUAAAACGCCGAUCAACUAUAGUCCCUUGUACUUCAUGUACAUAAUUAUCAUGACCUUCGAGAUACAGUACGCCCUGGUUUUGUUCAACGUCGGCGAGAGAUUUCUCAAGCUCAACAAGACUAUUGAGAAUCUCACCAAGACCAACACUAUCAUCGAGUACAUUCGCAAAGACAUGGGCCUCGCUGUUACCGAUACGAGGAGGGAACUGACGCAGUCUGUGUCGUUUCUUUCCACGGACAUGGGACAAAGCAAACUUCGGCGAUCGAACAAAGUUUCGGAUUUCAUCGUCUCCGCUGAAGGGAGCGGCGGUUCAUCAGACGCAAUCAAUCAGCUAACAACGCUGCAUGGCAUGCUCUGCGAUAUCGUCAUCAACGUCAACAAAGCUUACGGAAGCGCCAUACUCAUGGGCACGAUCAGUUGUCUGAUACAUCUAGUAAUAACACCUUAUUUUCUCUACAACGAGAUAUACAGCCCCAACAGCAGCAGUUGGUAUGUACUGUGGAUGCAGGUCUUGUGGAUCGUUUUCCACGUCUACAGGCUACUCCUGCUUGUACAGCCUUGCUACAUGGUAUCGGUCAAGGCGAGAAUGACGGGCGCACUGGUCAGUCAAGCGCUAGCUACGAAAUGGAAUCCCGAGGCCACGAAACAGUUAGAGAUAUUUUCCAUUCAGCUGUUACAAAGGCCAAUAGAGUUUACAGCCUGUGGUCUGUUUUACUUAGACAGGGGUCUAGUCACUUCGAUCGUGGGCUCGGUCACCACCUAUCUCGUGAUACUCGUACAAUUUCAAAAUGCCGAUGACACCAAAGGAACUAAACACCUGCUGCAGAAUGCCACGGAGUUAUUAAGGAAUGCAUCAUCUUUCAAAAAUUUCAGUUCACUAAAAAAUUUGUAAAAAUGAUUAAGCACAUGACUGAAGAGAUGCGCACGUGCAAUCGCUAUCUGAGAACUACGCGGUUAACGUCUAAAUACAGUAAAGAACGCGAAAAUACUUUGACUCUUUUUGCCUUCGAUUUUCUUUGUGAUUUAUUGUAUAUGUACAUUUCGCAAUCUCCUAAUGCAUUAUCAGGUGUCGUCCAAUAUACUUGUAUUUUGCUCUUUCAAUCUUCCAAGUAUAAAAUUGUUAUGGUUGCUUUUUCUUAUUUUUGCUUUUAUUUAUUCUUUUUGUAGUUAAAAUUGGCACUCGACGAGCAGUACACAUCAGUUUUAUUCGUCGAACAACAAGCCCAUGCGUUUCCGCUCGCUCGAGUACCAAAACAUUUUCGAGAUAAGAGCGCCCGG